AUGGAGACCGGCGGGAACUCACUGCCUUCUGGCGCUGAUGGAAAGAAGAGGAAAGUGUCCUACUACUACGACCAUUUGAUCGGCAACUACCACUACGGCUCCGGCCAUUCUAUGAAACCUCUUCGGAUUGCCAUGACUCACGAUCUACUCCUUAAAUACCGCGUCUUAGACAAUAUGCAAGUCUUCAAACCCAUUAAAGCCACCUCCUACGACCUUCGCCAGUUCCACUCCGACGAAUACAUCAGUUUCUUGAAACGCAUCACGCCGGACAAUGCCAAAGAGUUGGCCGGCCUCUGCAAGAUUUAUGAUGUAAAUAGCAAUGAUUGUCCUGUUUUUGAUGGCCUCUACGACUACUGCACCAGCUACACCGGCGGAUCCCUCUCUGCUGCUGCAAGACUCAAUGAAGGCAGCUCCGAUAUCGCCAUCAACUGGUCCGGUGGUCUCCACCAUGCCAAGUGCUCCGCCGCCUCCGGCUUUUGCUACGUCAAUGACGCUGUUCUUGCUAUCACCGAGCUCCUCAAGCAUCGUCAGAGGGUGUUGUACGUGGAUAUAGACGUGCAUCACGGAGACGGUGUAGAAGAAGCGUUUUACCAGACGGAAAGGGUGAUGACUGUAUCCUUCCACCAAAGAUGCAUAUUCCCUUAUAAAACCGGUUUCAUCGAUCACAUCGGGUCCGACCAAGGAAAGUACCACGCUGUGAACGUUCCUCUUGACGAUGGCAUCACUGAUGAUACCUAUCAUUCUCUCUUCAAACCCAUCAUCUCUAAAGUCAUGGAGGUUUACCGGCCUGAGGCCCUGGUCCUUCAGUGUGGUGCUGAUUCCUUGGCUAGAGACCCACUUGGUUCCUUCAACCUCACCAUCAAAGGUCACGCUGAGUGUGUCAACUUCAUCAGGUCAUUCAAUCUCCCUCUUUUGCUACUUGGUGGUGGUGGCUAUUGUCUCAGAAACGUUCCAAGAUGUUGGGCCUAUGAGACUGCAGUUGCUGUUGGAGUUGAGCUACAGAAUGAUCUUCCUAGCAACGAUUUCUAUGCAUAUUUUGGACCGCAUUAUACUCUUCAUGAUCCACCGAUAAAGGGACUGGAGAACAAAAACAGUACUAGUAGUUUGGAGAAAAUCAAAACAAGAGUUUUGGACAACAUAUCAAAGCUUGAGCAUGCUCCAAGUGUCCAAUUUCAAGAGAGGCCACCAGAUGCAAGCGUUGACGUACAACUUUUCUCACUCAAUUAAGGACUGGAUUAGAUUGAAAAAAAUAUAACACAUUAUUCACCACCUAUCUAGCUCUACGUACUUCACCGACCACUUGUAUAUAUAUAUAAACUAUUAUUUCAAUAUUCUAUUAAUUUUUUAGAAACAUUGUCUUACAAAAUGUGAUUGUAUGUAAAUAAAUCUAGGAUAGACAUGCUUGUAGUUAACAUGUUCCUAAUUAUUAAAAAAAAAAAACCAGAAUUUGAUUGAAAAAUUAUGUUGUCAAUCAGAGAGGAAAGAGAUUCAUGCAGUAAUUCUCUGCGGAAGGAUCAUAUUCAUGUAGGGAAUAACAAGCACAAGACUUUCAACUGCUUUUCCUGCACCUCAAGGAAUUUUACCAUAGUUAAAAAUCUGCAAAAA